CACUGCAACGAGUCUUUUGUGAAGCCAAAGUGGGAGAAGAUGGACUGAAAAGGACUGGCAAAGCAAGAGAGAGAGAGAGAAAGAGAGGGGGGAUACAAAGGGAAAGUGAAGAUUUCGAGAGCACACCAUUUGUGUUUCUUUUGUCGAACAUGUUCAUGACUUUCAUCCUGGGACUAGACCAUGGCUCCCAACAAGCUCUUCCCUGCUGUCUUCUUCUUCUCCGUUAUUUUCAUGAUUCUGUUUUCUUGGUUCCCUCCUCUCUGUCUCUGUUACGAGCCUCGUAACCAUGAAGUGGAGGCUUUGAUCGGUGUGAGGAGAGAGUUGAAUGAUCCGCAUGGAGUUCUGAACAACUGGGAUGAAGAUUCUGUCGACCCCUGUAGCUGGGCUAUGAUCACUUGCUCGAGUGACAACCUAGUCAUUGGCUUAGGAGCUCCGAGCCAGUAUUUAUCAGGAACGCUGUCCGGGACGAUAAGAAAUCUCACUAAUCUCCGACAAGUGUUACUGCAAAACAACAACAUCUCAGGCAGCAUCCCACCGGAGUUGGGGUCUCUUCCAAGGCUACAGACUUUGGAUCUCUCCAACAAUCACUUCUCUGGUCCAAUUCCUGAGUCUCUAGGGAAAUUGAGUAGUCUACAAUAUCUGAGGCUAAACAACAAUAGCUUGUCUGGUGCUUUCCCUGUGUCUUUGGCCAAAAUCCCGCUGCUUGCUUUCUUGGACUUGUCUUACAAUAAUCUCAGUGGACCUGUGCCCAAAUUCCCUGCUAGAGCAUUCAAUGUUGUAGGAAACCCAUUGAUAUGUGGAAGAAACCCAAUUGAAGGGUGCUCUGGAUCAACCACUCCUAUCCCUCUUUCGUUCUUGAAUACUUCUGCUGAUGAAUCUAAGUCCAAGAAUUUGGCAAUUGCACUUGGGGUCAGUCUCAGCUUUGCCACACUUGCUCUGUUGGCUAUCGGGUUCCUCUUGCAUGCAAGGAAAAAGAAAACCCAUACCAUCCUCAACAUCAACGAGAAGCAAGAAGAGGGGCUAAUGAGCCUGGGAAACCUCAAGAGCUUCACUUUCAAAGAGCUGCAAUCGGCGACUGACAAUUUCAGCUCCAAGAACAUACUCGGCACCGGAGGUUUCGGGAAUGUAUACAAGGGGAAGCUUGGGGAUGGGACUAUGGUCGCGGUGAAACGUCUAAAAGACGUAGUCGGGACAACCGGAGAAUCCCAGUUCCGGACUGAACUGGAGAUGAUCAGCUUGGCAGUCCAUCGCAACUUGCUACGAUUGAUUGGAUACUGCGCCACUUCGAACGAAAGGCUUCUGGUCUACCCCCAUAUGUCAAAUGGUAGUGUUGCUUCAAGGCUCAAAGCAAAACCGGCGCUAGAUUGGAACAUGAGAAAGAGGAUAGCCAUUGGAGCUGCCCGGGGUCUCCUAUACCUGCACGAGCAAUGCGAUCCCAAAAUAAUCCACAGAGACGUGAAGGCAGCUAAUGUGCUCCUUGAUGACUAUUUUGAGGCCGUCGUCGGUGAUUUUGGCCUCGCGAAGCUUCUGGACCAUGCUGACUCCCAUGUCACGACCGCAGUUCGUGGUACAGUUGGACAUAUUGCUCCGGAAUAUCUCUCGACGGGCCAAUCAUCUGAGAAAACUGAUGUGUUUGGCUUCGGGAUUCUCUUGUUAGAGCUUAUAACAGGAAUGAGAGCUCUCGAGUUUGGCAAAACAGCGAAUCAGAAAGGAGCAAUGCUUGAAUGGGUGAAGCAAAUACAUCAAGAGAAGAAAGUGGAGCUUCUGGUGGACAAAGAGCUGGGGAGCAGCUACGACCGGAUCGACGUGGGAGAGAUGCUCCAGGUGGCGCUCCUGUGCACCCAGUACUUGCCAGCCCACCGGCCCAAGAUGUCCGACGUCGUGCGGAUGCUGGAAGGCGACGGGCUCGCCGAGAAAUGGGCUGCGACCCACAACCACUUGAACCCCACGACGAACUUCUCCCUCAUCACCAGCACAGCAGCCAGAGCCAACAGCCACGGCCCCGACCGGUCGAGCUUGUUCGGCAUGUCGGCCGACGAGGACGACGACGACGACAACCAUUCCUUGGAUACCUACGCCAUGGAGCUCUCCGGCCCCAGAUAGCUACUUAACCAGGAAACUAGGAAGGAAAGCAAAAGAAAGAAACAGAUAGCGAUGCGUGAGCGUGAUUCUUUACAGCGACUUUCAAAACCCUCGUGCCUCUUUUUUUUCCAAUCUUUUUCCCCGGUGGCAGUAGUGUGUACAUACACAUCUCUCUCGUUUUCCUUUCUCUUCAAAUCUUUCAGUUUUUUUUUAGGGGGUCGUUCUUCUUCACUGUGCAAAGAUGUAGAUGGGGGGAAACUGUGUUAAGGACCAUACAGAGAUUACACAGCCUUUGUUGGGCCCUGUUCUUGUGCAGGAGAUGGGAAGGACAGACGCCUGCUGUGUUCUGUCCCCGAGCAUGGGACAGAGAGGUUGAGAGAAGUUUUGAGAUCCUUUUGUGGGUAUUUGACUAGGAGUUGGUGGGGAGAGUGACAUGAACAUGACUUGCUGGAGCCUGCUUUAUUCGGCUAAAGUGUCCGAACUGUUGGUACACUACAGUCUUGUCGAGCGUGAGUUGUUACGGGUCGUUUUCUCUUUGAUGCUCUUUUGCCGUUCUUGGUCUUUUUGCCUUGGGGUGGCGCGCCACUUUGUUCAUCUUUUGGCCCCCCUUUUGUGGCUUCCAUCCAUGUUCCUGGCAUUUUUAAG